GUAUCAGUAAAAUCCAGAAAAGCCACCAUUUUGUUACAUCGCCGGUGGCCGGAAUCAAUGGCGUCUCCGGCGAUUCAGAGAUCAACCCAUUUAUCAUCUACACCCACAUCUUCUUCAUCUCCCCUUCAACGUCUCUCAACUUUCAAAGACAGAUCCAUCAAUCCCACCCCUACUGCUACCGUUACUCCUAUUCCAACCUCCGGCCUUACCCCAUUCACACCUACCUCUUCCCCUCUCGAUUCCUUCACUUCCGAUCCCAUUUUCUCAUCCUUCCUAUCCUCCGACUUUGAUUCCACGCGUUUCUCCUCCGCCGCACUUUCCUCCGGUUCUACCGCUUCACGUAUCGAGAAGCUUCAAGAAGGUCUCCGUCUCCUUGACCAUCAGCUUCGUCAUGAAGUGCUUACACGUCAUCAUGAUUUGCUCAAUCAGCUUACUUCCUUACGUGCUGCUGAGUCUGCACUUUCGACUCUUCGUUCGUCGGUUUCGUCUCUUCAGUCAUCGCUCCGUCGGGUCCGUUCUGAACUCUCUGAUCCUCAUCAAGUAAUUGAAGCGAAGACACUUCAGCUUUCGAAUCUUCAUUCAGCUACUGAGCUUCUUCAGUCGACAAUUAGGACUAUUCGGUUGUCUAAAAAGCUCAGGGAUCUCAUGGAUUCGACUCAAGACCCGGAGAAAUUGGAUCUUUCGAAAGCUGCUCAGCUACAUUUUGAGAUACUAUCGCUUUAUAAUGAGUACCAUUUAGCCGGGAUUGACGUGGUUGAUUUGGAACUCAAAUGGGUUCUUGAAAUUGGGCAAAAAUUACGGGCUGAAGGGAUGAAGGUUUUGGAAAAAGGACUUGAAGGUUUGAAUCAAGCUGAAGUUGGGGCUGGGCUUCAGGUGUUUUAUAAUAUGGGGGAGUUGAGGGGAACUGUGGAUGGGUUAGUUAGUAAGUAUAAGGCAAUGGGAGUGAAGAGUAUAACGACGGCUUUGGAUAUGAAAUCUAUAUCUGUUGGUGGCGGAUUUGGGCCGGGAGGGGUGCAGAGAAGUGGGACACCACAGUUUGGGGGAAGUGCAAAGGCGAAGGAUGCAUUGUGGCAAAGGAUGAGUGGUUGUAUGGACCAGUUGCAUUCCAUUGUGGUUGCUGUUUGGCAUUUGCAGAGGGUUUUAUCGAAGAAAAGAGACCCCUUUACACAUGUCUUGCUGCUUGAUGAGGUCAUGCAGGAAGGUGAUCCAAUAUUGACAGAUCGUGUUUGGGAGGCACUGGGUAAAUCUUUUGCGAACCAAAUGAAGUCCACUUUCAGCACAUCAAGUUUUGUUAAGGAGAUAUUCACUCUUGGAUAUCCAAAACUCUUCUCUAUGUUAGAAAACCUGCUUGAAAGAAUUUCACGUGAUACAGAUGUCAAAGGAGUUCCACCAGCUCUCAGUUCAGAAGCAAAGGACCAAAUGUUAUCUUCCAUUGAAAUAUUCCAGACUGCUUUCCUAACCCUCUGUCUGAGCCGUCUUUCAGAACUUGUUAAUACUGUAUUUCCAGUGUCCAGUCGUGGAACUGUUCCUUCAAAAGAUCACAUAGCAAGGAUUAUAUCACGAAUUCAAGAAGAAAUAGAAGCCGUCCAGAUGGAUGCUCGGUUAACUCUUCUUGUCUUGCGUGAGAUCAACAAAGUUCUGCUCCUGCUUUCAGAAAGAACAGAAUACCAGAUAUCUGCAGGGCCUGAGGCACGACAGAUAACAGGUCCUGCAACUCCAGCACAGGUGAAGAACUUUGCGUUAUGUCAGCAUCUGCAAGAAAUUCAUACCCGCAUAUCAUCUAUGGUGGCAGGAUUACCAGCUAUUGCAACCGAUAUUCUGUCUCCCGCACUGGGAUCUAUCUAUGGGGUUGCAGGUGAUUCAGUGACACCACUAUUCCAAUCAAUGCUUGAUCGACUAGAGUCAUGCAUCUUGCAAAUUCAUGAUCAAAAUUUUGGUAGUCUCGGUAUGGAUGCUGCUAUGGACAAUAAUGCAUCACCUUAUAUGGAAGAGUUGCAGAAGAGUAUUCUCCAUUUCCGUAGUGAAUUCCUGUCCAGGCUGUUGCCUUCUUCGUCAAAUAGCUUGACUACAGGUUCAGAAACUAUUUGUACUACCCUUGUGAGGAGCAUGGCGUCUAGAGUUCUGAUAUUUUUCAUCAGGCAUGCUUCACUCGUUAGACCUCUCUCAGAAUCAGGCAAGUUAAGAUUAGCCAGGGACAUGGCUGAGCUGGAAUUGGCAGUUGGCCAAAACUUGUUUCCAGUUGAACAACUCGGUGCCCCAUAUCGAGCACUUAGAGCAUUUCGUCCUGUUAUAUUCCUGGAAACAUCUCAACUUGCUUCAUCCCCACUUCGUCAAGAUCUACCACCAAGUGUCAUACUGCACCAUCUUUACUCACGCGGUCCUGAAGAGCUUCAAUCACCCUUGCAAAGGAAUAGACUUACUCCAAUGCAGUAUUCACUAUGGAUGGAUUCACAAGGCGAGGACCAGAUCUGGAAAGGCAUUAAAGCUACACUAGACGAUUAUGCUGCUAAGGUACGUUCAAGAGGAGACAAAGAAUUUAGUCCUGUCUAUCCUUUAAUGAUAGAAAUUGGUUCCUCUUUAUCCGGGAAUCGUUAGAGGAACUUUGAGAAAAAUGCACAGCUCCAAUCAUCUUUUCUUGGUAUACGCCAUUCGUUGCGAUUUUUGUUUGAAUAAUGUUGUUAUAGAUUAUGAACGCACAGAAGACCAUAUAUUAUGUUUCAUUUCCCUUAGCCAUGAUUUUUAUUAUUAUUUUUUUCCUUUCACAUUUGUAGUAUUGCCCUGAUAGUGCACAGAUUCAAAGAGAUGGAUUAUAGUAGUCAAUGCCUCAUUUUGUUCAAAACAUGAAGAACGUUAUAUUGAAUUUUUUG